AUGGGAUACGAACCUGUUACAUGCCCUGCUGAAGAAUUUAUUCAAACUUACCUACCAAAGGACGGCUUGAGCAACUUCGACGCAAUUAUGGCAGAGCUGCAGGCACAAAAGGUCCUGGCAGUUCGUGGUCGCCCUCUCGCCCAGCCCGCUGCAGCCGUAUCUCGAAGCGGUUAUAUCUUUAAUUUCUUUAAUGGGCUCUUUCGUUCAGGUUACGCCAAACCGGAUCGUGUGCUGAAGGCGCUGCAGGCAACAUGGAAUAGCGUACGCAAGGCGAUGGAGAGGAUCGCUGAGGCAAACAUCAACAACCACUCCUUCCGCAGUGUCGAGGGGGAAGAUGCCACUAUAGCCACUUGCCUGACCGCCAACAAGGGUGUACCUCUGCGGUCGACCGACGUUGUGAUCCCUUUACGCGUGACAACUGGGACCAGUGGUAAUGACCACAACAUUCCCGAUCCCCUCCCAGACUUUCUCCGUGUGUUGAAUAAAGACGGUCGCCGAAGGCACCUCUACGCAAUCACCAUCAACGGUUCCAACAUGUCGGUCUGGUAUCUUUCUCGGUCUCUAUGCAUUAAAUCUACUCCGUUCAACAUUCUCGAGAACACCAAUUUCGUCGUCCAAACCUUUAUAGCUUUGAUGGCAGCCACAGAUGAGAACCUCGGAUACGAUCCCUUGGUCACCCUGCUCCCGGACCUUACCUACGUCUACGAACUGCCACCAGAUGAGGGAAGAAAAGGCUCUCUCUAUUACCAGACCGUCGAGCUCGUUUCCGAGUUCCACUCCGACGAUCCUGUCGGACGCAGUGCCCGGAUUUGGAAGGUGAAGCAGGUUUUCUCGCCCACUGACCUGAGGCGCGUUCCCGGGACUUCCAACAGGAUCCUCAAAGACGUGUCCCUCGAUGCGCGCACUGUGAAACCCGAGGUGGACAUUCAGCGACAGCUCUUCGCUGAUAUUGCUGACUUUGGGAAGCGCGCUAACUGGCGUUCGGCAGAAGCUCUGAAGGACAUGCGGGAGGAAGAUAUGGACGCGAUCGCGGAUGCCUUGCACGGGGAGAACUUCAAGAAAUAUUUUUCAUGUAUCGUCGCCAGUCAUGUCGGCAAAUCUCAUCCAUAUCCCGCUCUUCCUCUCACCGACGACGCCAAAUCGAGCUGUAUACCGAAGCGCCAGUGCUUCUACCUCUACGAAUUCAUCUGCACGCCACUUUGGGACAUCCCCACACUCGGAGAAGCCAUCGACAUCCUCAAGCAGUGCGUCACAGCCAUGCGAUUGAUGUACUGCGCUGGAUGGAUCCACCGGGACAUCAGUGUGGGGAAUAUUCUCGCUAUUCGCCGGGCAUCAGAGGGCCUCUGGGAGAUGAAGCUAUCUGAUCUGGAAUUCGCGAGAAAAUUCCUUGACCCUGAGAUUCAGAAAGACGAAAAACCAAUUGGAACCCCAUUUUUUAUGGCCUGUGAGCUGCAAACUGGAAUGCCGUUUGUACCUGGUGAUGACCCCACGGCGGAGACCGACCACGACAGCGACCCCGAAUUCUCGGCAGAAGAUUUUGCACCUUUCCUGCCAAUAUUGCACAGCUUCCAGCACGAUCUCGAAUCAAUAUGGUGGAUCGUCCUCUGGCUCGUCACCGCCAGGACCCGUGCCAGCUUUUCGCGUCAAUGGAGCCAAAAGUACUUCAAACACAGCAACGACCAUUGGCAUGGUAGGACACGUGAAAUGCUCCUGUCCCGCUUGGAUACUAUCGACUCAAGUGCCAAUUUUCCAACGGACCUCCCACCAGUUCUGCAUAGGAAGCCGUUAAGCUUCAUACGGUGCCUCGAUGCUUUUAGGCUUGAUCUGUGGCGCUUGUACAAGCUGCGAUUCAGAGCCAAAGCUCAAGAAGACCCGGGCAGCUAUUCGUGGAUGAUGGGCAAGGGCGUUUCCAAGUUCUUCCGAGGUAUCGAAAAAUCUAGGGACGCGUGGACUUCUGUCCAGCUUAUCGUCGAGACAGAGUCACGGGAGGCCAGGCAGGCUGUCCCACAGGCGGCGUUGUCCAAGAAGAGAAAGCUUGAGGCGGUGGCGGCAGCUCCGAAUGCGGUUAACCCGGCCCCGGCGGUUGAACAGUAUGAAGAGAAGCAGCUUCACCGGCCUCGAAAGCGACCACGACUCACAGCGUCCAACUCCACCACUCGUCUGGAACAACGCUCGAGACCUGUAACAAGGUCCAUGACUAGGGAACAACGCAACGCAGGCCCGACGACGAGAUCCAUGACACGCCGCCUCCAGAAAGCUACUGCUACUAGCUCCUCCCGACAGACGGGAUCUUCGAAUAGGCGAUCUCGUACAUAG